CUUAAACCAAACCCAGCCGAGCCGCGCUGAUCCGAGCCAAACCAACCCGAGCAUUUUAGAGGCAGCAGAGGAGGCACGAUGAUGUGGUAGCGCAUCUUUACGCACCUGAUCCCUGCACAAACCCACCGUCUGCCUCUUUACGCUCAAUUUUCACGCCGACACCAUGGAGACGGCGCUUCACAGGACCGAUGUUCUCGUUUCCCAGCUGCUCCUUUUCUGCCAAAUAGUUUUGGCAGCAGAGCCGCUGGUCCGAGGCCUGAAGAAACUCCCUGAGGAUGUGGACUGGUCAUACACAGGCACCCUGAACCAGCACAACUGGGCUCAGAAGUACCCGGCCUGUAACAGUGGCAGACAGUCUCCUGUGGACAUUGAUGAGACCUUCACCCAGGUUAGGCUGCAGUACCAAAACCUGCAACUAGAGGGCUGGGACAGACUGACAGCGGAGUCCAGCACCAUCCACAAUAAUGGGAAGACUGUUGCCAUUGAAGUGGAAGGGGAGUUCUUUGUGAGUGGAGGAGGGCUAAGCUCCAGAUUUCGUGUCAGUAGAAUCACAUUCCACUGGGGCCGCUGCAAUGCAACAUCAGAUGGGUCUGAGCACAGUCUGAAUGGCAUGAAAUACCCUCUGGAGAUGCAGAUCUACUGUUACGAUGCAGAUGAGUUUCAGAACCUGGAUGAUACUGUUAAGGAAGGAGGGAGGGUCUCGGUCUUGGUUGUGCUCUUUGAGGUCAGCCUGGAUGACAAUGAAAAAUUUAAUCCUGUUAUUGAUGCCAUCAAUACUGUCAGCAGGUUUGGUAAGAGUGGCUCAUUGGAAGCUUUCACCUUGCGAUCCUUGCUGCCUAACAACACAGAUAAAUAUUACAUCUACAAUGGUUCUCUGACUGCUCCUCCCUGCUCUGAAAUAGUGGAGUGGAUUGUAUUUAAACAAACUGUGGCCAUUUCGGAAACACAGCUGGAGAUGUUUUGUGAGGUGAUGACCAUGGAGCAGGCUGGAUAUGUGAUGCUGACAGAUUAUCUUCAAAACAACUUCAGGGAACAGCACCAGCAGCAGUUCAUUGGUCAGGUGUUUGCCUCAUACACUGGAGUGGAAGAAGUGCUUACACCCACCUGCAGCUCUGAGCCUGAGAACGUUCAGGCGGACGCACAGAAUGACACCACCAUCGUGGUGACAUGGGAGCGUCCCCGUGUAGUUUAUGACACAACCAUUGACUGGUAUACUGUAACCUACCAGAGGCUGCAGGGCCGAGACCAGAGCAAGCAGGAGUACAGGACGGAUGGGGACCAGGAUGUGGGAGCCAUCAUUUCCAGCCUGCUGGCCAACAGCAGCUAUGUGGUUCAGGUGGUGGCGAUUUGCACCAAUGGUCUCAGAGGACGAUGGAGUGACCAGAUCAUAGUGGACAUGCCUUUAGAAGAACCAGAAAGUGAAUCAGAUCCUGACAGCCUCACAAAAGAUUUGCAAGUCAACAGGGAGGUCUCGACUAACGCUAAGUGGGGGAAGCGUGACAGUCAAAAUCAGGUGGAUUUAUUUCCAGAGGACCACAGUCCUGUGGAGGAGAUCCCAUUGGAGCAGACCAGAGUUUACCAGCACCAACCCACACACCAACAGAACCAGCCAAGAGAUCAAACCCAAGCAAACCAGAAUGUCCCAGCGCAGGUCAGUCCCAGUUCAACCCCAAAGACCCCCUCUGAUUCUGCAGUCCUACAGAAAACCCAACUCAACCAUAGUGGGAAAAAGAAACUGAGACAAAAUAUGUCUAAACCGGAUGAUAUGGAUCAGAACUGGAUCGAGGAAGACAGUAUCCCAACAGACCGGCCCUUAACAAAAUCAGGUUUUGACAGAAAUGGUGCUAUCUGGGUAACUGAAGCCACUGAACAGCCAGGCUUCCUGUUUCCAGUCGCUCGAACCCCUACACUGCAGACGAUCCACCGACAAAUCACAGAGGAGGCAUCACUGUCACUGUUUCCACAGCAGUCAACUGAUCUAGGUCCACAAGACCAUGCUAUAGAAGAUGGCCUUGAUUUUUCCCAGUCAGACCUCUACACGCCUCCUGUGGAGGAAAUCCAAGUCACAGACAUCUUCUAUGAAUAUACAGUCCACAAAUUUCCCUUGGAAAGCUCCGCAUCUGCUGCAACGGACUCCUCCGCUGUUGUAGUGCCAGGUAAUAAUGUGGACCAAGUCUCCCCAUCAGUCCCUGAAGACGGCAAUGUCCCUGUGAACAAACCAGAAACCGUCACCUCAGUCUCCUCCUCUCCUUCCUCCGCCUGGAUCACAACAAGGACAGCGACUGCCAGCAACAUCCUUGCCGAUUCAGUCUACAAAUCCCUCACCACCUCGCCUCUUCUCAGAGUGCUGAUGCACACGACCCAGCCUAUGUUUAACGAGGGCAGCAACAGUAGCCAUGAGUCUCGGGUCGGGAUGGUCGGAGGCGUGGAGAGGGAGAAGAGGACAGUCGUUCCCCUUGCUGUCGUCUCCACACUCACUAUCCUCUGUCUGUUGGUGCUGGUGGGCAUACUCAUCUACUGGAGGAACUGUUUCCAGGCUGCAAAUUUCUACCCAGAUGACAAUGCAUCACCUAAAGUCAUAUCUGCUCCGUCGACACCAUUGUUGCUGGCUACAGAUGGUCAUGAGCCAUUGACAGUGAAGCAGUUUGUGAAGCACAUCAUGGAGUUGCACACGACCAACACCUUCUUCAAGGAGUUCGAGAUUGUCAAAGAAUCCUAUGAGGAGGUACAAGCCUGCACAGUGGACAUGGGCAUCACCGCUGACAGCUCCAAUCACCCCGACAACAAAAGCAAAAACAGAUACAUCAACAUACUGGCCUACGACCACAGCAGAGUGAAGCUCUCCAACAGCUUAGACAGAGACGGGAAAUGCGGUGACUACAUCAACGCUAACUUUGUUGAUGGUUAUGAGCGAACAAGAGCGUACAUCGCAGCUCAAGGCCCUCUCAGAGCGAGCACGGAAGACUUCUGGAGGAUGAUCUGGCAGCAGAAUGUUGGCAUCAUCGUCAUGAUCACCAACCUCAAGGAGAAAGGACGGACCAAAUGUGACCAGUACUGGCCUGAGGAGAACCAGGAGGAAUAUGGUCCAUUCCAGGUGACACUGAAAAGCAGCAAGACUCUGGCAUACUACACACUGCGUACGUUCACUGUCAGAGAUGCCACAAAUAAGGUGUCUCAGAAGAGAGUUGAACGCACAGUCCUGCAUUACCACUACACCCAGUGGCCAGACAUGGGCGUCCCAGAAUACACUCUACCUGUCCUGUCUUUCAUCAGAGCAUCGUCCCGCGCCCACACACAUGAGAUGGGACCCGUCCUGGUACACUGCAGUGCUGGUGUAGGAAGGACAGGAACCUACAUUGUGAUAGACAGCAUGCUGCAGCAGAUCCAGGAUCAGGGGACGGUCAACGUUCUUGGUUUCCUGAAACACGUGAGGACUCAGAGGAACUUUCUGGUUCAGACAGAGGAGCAAUAUGUUUUCAUCCAUGAUGCUCUGAUGGAGGCCAUCUUAAGCCGAGACACCUCGGUGACCUUAGACCUCCUCCACACCUACGUGUCUGACCUCCUGACUCCUGGGGGGUCAGGCAGGACACGCAUGGACAAACAGUUCAAAUUGAUCAGUCAGCGUCAGGCGAAGCAUGCAGACUACAGCACUGCUCUGAAAGAGGGAAACGCUGAGAGGAACAGAGCCAGAGCUCUGAUGCCUGUGGAGAGAUCACGAGUCAGUCUGACCACUUCAGAGUGCAACUCCACUGGCUACAUCAACGCCUCCUAUGUCAUGGGACAUCACCACAGUAAAGAGUUCAUAGUGAGCCAAACUCCUCUGAGCAGCACAGUGGCCGAUUUCUGGAGAAUGAUCUGGGAGCACAACACACACACUGUUGUUCGCCUGCAGGAUGCACAGAGUCAGAGUGAAGAGGGGGAGUGUUGUGACUACUGGCCCAGUAAAAACCAACCAAUAAGCUUUGAGGGUUUCACUGUGUCAUACUCCGGGGAGGAGUAUUUGUGCCUGUCCAACGACGAGAGACUUUUGGUGCAGGACUUCAUAUUGGUGUCUCCACUGAACAAUUCCACAUUGGAGGUGCGUCAGUACAAUGCCCCCUGCUGGCCAAACCCAGACAGUCCAAUCAGAAACGGUUUUGAUCUGGUCAACACAGUCAGACAGCACAGCAGGCCCACAGACAGGCCAACAGUGGUACAUGAUCCGUUGGGUGGAGCUACAUCAGGGCUGUUCUGUGCUCUCACCACACUGUCCAAUCAGUUAGAGGAGGAGGGAGCUGUGGAUGUUUACCAGGUGGCACGGAUGACCAACCUCAUGAGGCCAGGGGUAUUUAAUGAUAUAGAGCAGUACCAGUUUCUGUACCAUGCUGUGCUCAGUCUGGUGAGCAGCCAAGAGGACCAGAAAGCUCUGCAGAGUCCAGAGACCAAUGGAUCUGUACCACUGGGCCAUAGCAACAUUGCAGAGAGCCUGGAGUCACUCAUGUAGACACACACACACACACACAUACUGAGUGAUAUACUGACUGAGGUCUGGUCUAUGGUGAGAUGAUGGGAAACACUUAAAAUGACAGUACAGUAACAAUAUGAUAACAAUAUGGUAAUAGUAUAGUAGUAACGUACUAUUACGUUACUACUAUAUCUUAUUUCUACAGUCAUAGCCUUUUAAUUCAAAUCUGUGUGGGGCACACGGGAGGAAGAAUUUCAACAGCAUAAUAUGGUUAUUGUCAAUUUUCAUUCACAACCAUGUUCAUUAAUGGUAGCACAUAGUACAUUCUCAUUGCUAAGCUAUAACCUGGAGGGCAUUACCGUAAUAUUGUGUACCACACGAUUAUCAUUCUAACUACCAAGAUGGAAAUUUGAAAUAAGAUUGUGUUUGCCAUAAUGUUAUCACUAGAGUAUUUCAACAAUUAUCCCAUUGUUAUUGUACUGCACAGUAAAGUGUCACCAGAUGAUAAACACCGACAGCUCUGUGUCUGUGGUUCACAGCUGUGUCCACUCAACAUGCCGUCGCUUUAAUGUUCAGUAACCACAGUUCAUUAGAGACAAAAUAAAAACUAACAAUCCAGUUAAAUCCAGUGAAGCCUUAACUUAUCUAAAGCACUGUAGGGAUUGGAAACAAAAUCAAAUCAUUCCACGUUCUUUGCUUUACCCUUAAUCCUCCCAACACAUCAUUAAAGGAGACUGUCUUUACAUAUAAUACUGUCAUAUCCUGGUAUUCAUUCACAAAUCAGAUAGUGUAAACCUUUAUAUGUUAACUAAUGGCCUCAGAUAUGGUUAUUAGAUCUAAUUGUAAUGAUUUAUAGGUGUUAAAAAUGAACUUGGGAUUCACAAAAUGUGGGAACUCUUUCUGAUUGGUCCGACAGUGAUUGGACCUCUUAGUUAGACCAAAAGUUAGACACUGAAAUCAAGCUAAUGCUUUGAAAUACAGUGGUAUAGCCCAUGUUAAAAUCUGCUACCAAAUCAGUGUCACUGCCUUUUCCAGAAAAAAGCUACAAAUGUUCCAUGUGUGCCCGUCUGUAUGAAGCAACAGAGGCUGAACACAAGUCUCCUCAAACACGUCAUCUCUGAAUAUUUCAUCAUGAAUUAUCUUCCUCAAUGAGGGGAGACAUCUUCAUUAGUACCACUUAUAGACUUACUUUAAUUCUCUUUAUUGGAAGCUUUAUUUAAUAUUUACUUCUUGUAUUGCUAUUUUCUCAAAUUAUUUUUCCCCACUAAUUUUCCCUGUCAUUAUUUUUAGCUAAUCUUAUUCUUUAUUCCACACAUAUAUUUCAUCCCUGAAAGAUAUUGAUACAACAGUAAGUUUUGUUAAACAGGCAAAGCACAGAAAAUAGACAUGAAGUACAAAUGAUCACAUUGUUAGUGCAAAAAAAACCCACAACAUUUUUACUAACAUAUUAUUUUAUUUUUAAGGCCUCACUCGUGACAGUAAACUGACUGUUGGUAUUUCCUGCUGUUUUUAAAUUCCUCUGCUUAUGUGUUGUCACUGCCACAUGGUCUCUGAUGCCUUUUUGUAAUUCAUGUUAUUGUACCUAUUAUGUGUUUUGAUACAACUGUGGGACUGAUAUGCCAAAAUAUUGGUACAAUGUGUGGAUUUUAUCCAUUUUCUUCAAGGGGAUCAGUGUCUUGUUGCACUCGGUGGUUUAGUCUGUGCACAUCAGGGACGAGAUGAUGGAAAAAUGUCUUUACAUCCAGGUGUUAAAAUAAAAUGCAGCCUGGAAUUCAAAAGAGAUAUUCCACUCAACAUCGAUCACUGAAGUCAAACACUCCCUGUUGACAGUUUGAAAAGAUUCAAGUUACUGUGUCACAGAAAUAUAAAUCAGUAAAAUAUCAUUUUUUAAUAGAAAAAAAAUCAGUUUCAGAUUUCAGACAAUGAGAGAAGGUGUGUGUUUUUGUGUAAGGAGCUCAGUUUCCUACGGAGCCACGGCCACGGAAUACUAAUUUGUUCCUAUGAAAUAGGUAUAAUGUGUACACGAAACAUUCUCAUGAAUUACCUGAAGGGCUGCACAAGUAAAGCGAGCGAAGAGGGCUGAAGGACAGAGAUAGUGGGAUUGAGUUUUAUUUUAGGUUGGGAAUGAGUUACAGAGAUAUUCCCCAAAGCCUGGCAUCACAAAUGUCGUGCCAAGGUAGUUAUUCCCGACAGGAUUUGUAUCGAGGCGGAGGCGGGGUUAUGUUGCUACCUGUCAAGUAACCUGGCUCUUAAUAUUCUGUUUAAAUGCCUCUUGCUAAUAAUGAUUCCUUGCAAUGCCAGGCUUUUCAUGCACACGCUUUACCUAUGUCGUGGCCACAGUGUUCUCAUUUAUGAGGCAGUCUAAAUGUUUGCGUCUGGUCAGACUAAAUCAAACAACCGCUGACUCAUUUUCAAACAGUGUUGAAAUCUGAAUCUGUGAAUGUCGUGCGUCCCUGCUCCACCAUUUCUGUUCAGAUCCCAUCAGUGAAAGCAGUCGGUGACUCAGCAGAUCUGUCUGAACGCUCUCUGUGUAAAUAUCCCUGCAUACACCCAAAAGGCCAAAUUACUGUAUGUUUAUAUUGUACCUCUAUAUAUUUUCUAUUUUACUAUAAAAGGUGAUUUUCUAGUCAUUUACACAUAUAUAACUGUGUGGAUUCUAUUUGAUAAUUUUAGCCUGGAAAUAUUGAUCAUGUUUAAAGUUUUAAUGGAACGUCGUCUCUUUUUCUUAUCUUUGAUUCAGUAGAAGCUUCAUGUGUCUACCUUUAUUUCCAGAUAUAAACUGGUGCAGUAUGUACAGAGCAGCAGAAUUAAAGAAUUGUUUCAAACUUG